CGUGAGGCGGUCUGUUGGACGGAGCUGCGCACGGAGUUGGAAGUUCUGGCUGUAGUCUGAUCAUGUUCCUCCAGUAUUAUCUCAACGAGCAGGGAGACCGGGUCUAUACGCUUAAGAAGCUUGACCCUGUGGGACAACAGACCUGCUCGGCCCAUCCUGCUCGGUUCUCCCCAGACGACAAAUACUCUCGACACCGAAUCACCAUCAAGAAACGCUUCAAGGUGCUCAUGACCCAGCAACCGCGCCCUGUCCUCUGAGAGUCCCUUAAAUUUCGUGUGUCUUCUGCCGCCUGCUACCCCUCAAGAGACUUUCCGAAACCACGCUCUUCAAUCUGUGAGCCUUGAGGCCUUCUGACCACCCUUGCUCUGUGGAAUCCGGUCUCAUCAUUGCUUUUGAUCAUGCUUGUGUGAGGCAAUCAUGGUAGCAUCUCCCUUAAAGGGAACAAGUUUGAAUCUUCUUUUCAUGUUUUCAGUCACUGCCAAGUUAUUAAAAUGAUUUGAAGGA